AUGGUGGAGGCGUGGGGGAUCGUGCGCGAGGCGUUCGUCGACCCCACCUUCAACCACCAGGACUGGGACCGCCGCCUCGCCGCCGCCAUCCGCGGCAGCGUCUCGGCGGGCAGCGCGGACGACGCGUACGCGCUCGUGCACGACAUGCUGGCGACGCUGGGCGACCCGUUCACUCGCCUGGUGUCGCCCAGCGACUACGACAGCUUCCGCGUGAGCAGCGACGGCGGGCUCGAGGGCGUGGGGCUGCUGCUCGCCUCCGACACCACCGACGGCCGCCUGCUGGUGCUGUCGCCCAUCGAGGGCGGCCCCGCGGAUCGGGCGGGCAUCCACACGGGCGACGAGGUCGUCGCCGUCGACCACUCCCCGUUAAGCGGCAUGAGCGGGCAGGAGGCGGCGAAUCUGCUGCGAGGCAAGGCGGGCACAGCAGUCACGCUCACCGUGCGCCCCGCUAGAGCUGACGUGGACGGCUCUGAUUCGCCGGAGGGAACGACGGACAUCAUAUUGAGGAGGGAGCCGAUAGCUCUGUCGCCCGUGUACGCGACGGCGCUGCCCCACCACACGGAGCAGGGCGCGGCCACGUCCACGGGGUACAUCCGCCUCGCCUCCUUCUCUCAGAACGCGGCAGAGGACAUGGCGAGGGCGAUAGAGCGGUUGGAGGGCGAGGGCGUGGCCAACUACAUACUCGACCUGCGCAACAACCCCGGCGGCCUCGUGCACGCCGGGCUCGACGUCGCACGCAUGUGGCUCGGCUCGGGCGCCACGCUCGUCAACACGGUUGAUCGCACCGGGGCAGUGGAGGCCAUUGCGCUGCGGAAUUCUCGUGCGCUCACAGACCGGCCGCUGGCUGUGCUGGUGAACCACGGGAGUGCGAGCGCGAGUGAGAUUGUGGCGGGUGCCCUGCAUGACAACGGGCGGGCGACGCUGGUGGGGGACACGACGUACGGCAAGGGGCGCAUUCAGACGGUGUUUGAGCUCACGGAUGGGUCGGCGCUGUUUGUCACGGUCGCCAAGUACCUCUCGCCUGCCAUGCACGCCAUUGAUCAACAGCGGCGCCUCUCCCUCACAGCCCCCAACAGCAGCGGCGCCUCUCCCUCACAGCCCCCCACAGCAGCGGCGCCUCUCCCUCACAGCCCUCCACAGCAGCGGCGCCUCUCCCUCACAGCCCUCCACAGCAGCGGCGCCUCUCCCUCACAGCCCUCCACAGCAGCGACGCCUCUCCAUCACAGCCCUCCACAGCAGCGGCGCCUCUCCCUCACAGCCCCCCACAGCAGCGGCGCCUCUCCCUCACAACCCCCCAGAGCAGCGGCGCCUCUCCCUCACAGCCCCCCACAGCAGCGGCGCCUCUCCCUCACAGCCCUCCACAGGAGCGGCGCCUCUCCCUCACAGCCCCCCACAGCAGCGGCGCCUCUCCCUCACAGCCCCCCAGAGCAGCGGCGCCUCUCCCUCACAGCCCCCCACAGCAGCGGCGCCUCUCCCUCACAGCCCUCCACAGCAGCGGCGCCUCUCCCUCACAGCCCUCCACAGGAGCGGCGCCUCUCCCUCACAGCCCCCCACAGCAGCGGCGCCUCUCCCUCACAGCCCUCCACAGGAGCGGCGCCUCUCCCUCACAGCCCCCCACAGCAGCGGCACCUCUCCCUCACAGCCCCCCAGAGCAGCGGCGCCUCUCCCUCGUCCCCCUCCGCAGCAGCGGCGCCUCUCCCUCACAGCCCCCCGCAGCAGCGGCGCCUCUCCCUCACAGCCCUCCGCAGGAGCGGCGCCUCUCCCUCACAGCCCCCCACAGCAGCGGCGCCUCUCCCUCACAGCCCCCCAGAGCAGCGGCGCCUCUCCCUCACAGCCCUCCACAGCAGCGGCGCCUCUCCCUCACAGCCCUCCACAGGAGCGGCGCCUCUCCCUCACAGCCCCCCACAGCAGCGGCGCCUCUCCCUCACAGCCCCCCAGAGCAGCGGCGCCUCUCCCUCACAGCCCCCCACAGCAGCGGCGCCUCUCCCUCACAGCCCCCCACAGCAGCGGCGCCUCUCCCUCACAGCCCUCCACAGCAGCGGCGCCUCUCCCUCACAGCCCCCCACAGCAGCGGCGCCUCUCCCUCACAGCCCCCCACAGCAGCGGCGCCUCUCCCUCACAGCCCUCCACAGCAGCGGCGCCUCUCCCUCACAGCCCCCCAGAGCAGCGGCGCCUCUCCCUCACAGCCCUCCACAGCAGCGGCGCCUCUCCCUCACAGCCCUCCACAGCAGCGGCGCCUCUCCCUCACAGCCCCCCACAGCAGCGGCGCCUCUCCCUCACAGGCCCCCACAGCAGCGGCGCCUCUCCCUCACAGCCCCCCACAGCAGCGGCGCCUCUCCCUCACAGCCCUCCACAGGAGCGGCGCCUCUCCCUCACAGCCCCCCACAGCAGCGGCGCCUCUCCCUCACAGCCCUCCACAGGAGCGGCGCCUCUCCCUCACAGCCCCCCACAGCAGCGGCGCCUCUCCCUCACAGCCCUCCACAGCAGCGACGCCUCUCCCUCACAGCCCUCCACAGGAGCGGCGCCUCUCCCUCACAGCCCCCCACAGCAGCGGCGCCUCUCCCUCACAGCCCCCAACAGCAGCGGCACCUCUCCCUCACAGCCCCCCACAGCAGCGGCGCCUCUCCCUCACAGCCCCCCACAGCAGCGGCGCCUCUCCCUCACAGCCCUCCACAGCAGCGGCGCCUCUCCCUCACAGCCCUCCACAGCAGCGGCGCCUCUCCAUCACAGCCCUCCACAGCAGCGGCGCCUCUCCCUCACAGCCCCCCACAGCAGCGGCGCCUCUCCCUCACAGCCCCCCACAGCAGCGGCGCCUCUCCCUCACAGCCCUCCACAGCAGCGGCGCCUCUCCCUCACAGCCCCCCAGAGCAGCGGCGCCUCUCCCUCACAGCCCUCCACAGCAGCGGCGCCUCUCCCUCACAGCCCUCCACAGGCGCGGCGCCUCUCCCUCACAGCCCCCCACAGCAGCGGCGCCUCUCCCUCACAGCCCCCCACAGCAGCGGCGCCUCUCCCUCACAGCCCUCCACAGCAGCGGCGCCUCUCCCUCACAGCCCCCUAGAGCAGCGGCGCCUCUCCCUCACAGCCCUCCACAGCAGCGGCGCCUCUCCCUCACAGCCCCCCACAGCAGCGGCGCCUCUCCCUCACAGGCCCCCACAGCAGCGGCGCCUCUCCCUCACAGCCCUCCACAGGAGCGGCGCCUCUCCCUCACAGCCCUCCACAGGAGCGGCGCCUCUCCCUCACAGCCCCCCACAGCAGCGGCGCCUCUCCCUCACAGCCCCCCACAGCAGCGGCGCCUCUCCCUCACAGCCCUCCACAGCAGCGACGCCUCUCCCUCACAGCCCUCCACAGCAGCGACGCCUCUCCCUCACAGCCCUCCACAGGAGCGGCGCCUCUCCCUCACAGCCCCCCACAGCAGCGGCGCCUCUCCCUCACAGCCCCCCACAGCAGCGGCGCCUCUCCCUCACAGCCCCCCACAGCAGCGGCGCCUCUCCCUCACAGCCCUCCACAGCAGCGGCGCCUCUCCCUCACAGCCCUCCACAGCAGCGGCGCCUCUCCAUCACAGCCCUCCACAGCAGCGGCGCCUCUCCAUCACAGCCCUCCACAGCAGCGGCGCCUCUCCCUCACAGCCCCCCACAGCAGCGGCGCCUCUCCCUCACAGCCCCCCACAGCAGCGGCGCCUCUCCCUCACAGCCCUCCACAGCAGCGGCGCCUCUCCCUCACAGCCCCCCAGAGCAGCGGCGCGUCUCCCUCACAGCCCUCCACAGGCGCGGCGCCUCUCCCUCACAGCCCCCCACAGCAGCGGCGCCUCUCCCUCACAGCCCCCCACAGCAGCGGCGCCUCUCCCUCACAGCCCUCCACAGCAGCGGCGCCUCUCCCUCACAGCCCUCCACAGCAGCUGCGCCUCUCCCUCACAGCCCCCCACAGCAGCGGCGCCUCUCCCUCACAGCCCUCCACAGCAGCGGCGCCUCUCCCUCACAGCCCUCCACAGGCGCGGCGCCUCUCCCUCACAGCCCCCCACAGCAGCGGCGCCUCUCCCUCACAGCCCCCCACUGCAGCGGCGCCUCUCCCUCACAGCCCUCCACAGCAGCGGCGCCUCUCCCUCACAGCCCCCCAGAGCAGCAACGCCUCUCCCUCACAGCCCUCCACAGCAGCGGCGCCUCUCCCUCACAGCCCUCCACAGCAGCGGCGUCUCUCCCUCACAGCCCCCCACAGCAGCGGCGCCUCUCCCUCACAGCCCCCCACAGCAGCGGCGCCUCUCCCUCACAGCCCUCCACAGGAGCGGCGCCUCUCCCUCACAGCCCCCCACAGCAGCGGCGCCUCUCCCUCACAGCCCUCCACAGGAGCGGCGCCUCUCCCUCACAGCCCCCCAGAGCAGCGGCGCCUCUCCCUCACAGCCCCCCACAGCAGCGGCGCCUCUCCCUCACAGCCCCCCACAGCAGCGGCGCCUCUCCCUCACAGCCCUCCACAGGAGCGGCGCCUCUCCCUCACAGCCCCCCACAGCAGCGGCGCCUCUCCCUCACAGCCCUCCACAGCAGCGGCGCCUCUCCCUCACAGCCCUCCACAGGAGCGGCGCCUCUCCCUCACAGCCCCCCACAGCAGCGGCGCCUCUCCCUCACAGCCCCCAACAGCAGCGGCACCUCUCCCUCACAGCCCUCCACAGCAGCGGCGCCUCUCCCUCACAGCCCUCCACAGCAGCGGCGCCUCUCCCUCACAGCCCUCCACAGCAGCGGCGCCUCUCCCUCACAGCCCCCCAGAGCAGCGGCGCCUCUCCCUCACAGCCCUCCACAGGAGCGGCGCCUCUCCCUCACAGCCCCCCACAGCAGCGGCGCCUCUCCCUCACAGCCCUCCACAGCAGCGGCGCCUCUCCCUCACAGCCCCCCACAGCAGCGGCGCCUCUCCCUCACAGCCCUCAGGAGCGGCGCCUCUCCCUCACAGCCCCCCAGAGCAGCGGCGCCUCUCCCUCACAGCCCUCCACAGGAGCGGCGCCUCUCCCUCACAGCCCUCCACAGGAGCGGCGCCUCUCCCUCACAGCCCUCCACAGGAGCGGCGCCUCUCCCUCACAGCCCCCCACAGCAGCGGCGCCUCUCCCUCACAGCCCCCCAGAGCAGCGGCGCCUCUCCCUCACAGCCCCCCAGAGCAGCGGCGCCUCGCCCUCGCAACAGGGGUAGUGCACCUGCUGUGUUUGCGACUUACAGACAUGCGUAUUAUGGUACCCUGCUUUGUUUGAUUUGA